CUAUCAGCGAAACGCAUCAGAGAUGAAUGACUUACACCCUAGUAAACGCCCCAGCGCGAAUCGUUCGAGCAAUGACCAUGGUGGGUUUGACAAGUAUCGUUGAGGACUUCGAGGUGCAAUAUUAUACAGUGAUCUUGCAAAACUCCUACCGUGGAUGCAAUGCAAUAGACUAGAUUGUCAGUAAGUUAACGUCUCCACGACCGCGUCCAGGACCCGGAUGGGAUCUGGCAUGUAGAACUUCUCGUAUUGCAUCGGAACCGGCAUGUCCCAGCCAGUCACCAGUCUCACCGGCGCGUUCAGCUUGAGGAAACACCUCUUCUGAAUCUCGGCGCCUAUCUCAGCACCUGCGCCUCCAGUGCGCCCAGCUUCGUGGACGACUAUGAGGCGGCCAGUGCGGUUGACGCUCUCCACGACGGCCUCGACGUCCCAAGGCAUGAUUGUGCGUAAGUCAAUCAGCUCAACCUUUGCCGAUCGCAGCGACUGUGGUACGAGCGGCGCAAGCGAUGGGGAUGGGUGGGAGAGCAUCUUCAGCGCAGUCUCGCAGUGGUAUAUGGGGGUGCCCCAAGAGACGAUGGUCAAAUCGUUGCCUCUUAUGAGCGUUUCUGCCUUCCCUAGUGGUAGCUCGUAGUCGUCCAUGGGGACCUGCUCAACCGAGGAUCGGUAUAAAACCUUUGGCUCCAUAAAAAUGACAGGGUUGGGAUCUCGUAUUGAGCUCAAUAAUAAACCCUUGGCCUGGAUGGGGGAUCGAGGGAUGACGAGCUUCAGCCCGGCAGCUCCCAUGAAGAACCCUUCAGGACUCUGGGAGUGGUAAUGACCGCCGUGACCAACGGCCAUAGACGGGCAACGAAUCGUCAACUUGCCGACAUUGAAGUUGCCGCUGCUUCUGAAGCGGAACUUCGCCGCCUCGUUGACAAUCUGGUCGAAUGCGGGGAAAAUGUAAUCGGCAAACUGUAUUUCAGCUAUUGCCGUCUGUCCCAUGGACGCGAGGCCAAUGCCAAAGCCUGCUAUUCCUUGUUCCGUUAAGGGCGUGUUGAAGACGCGUUCUCGGCCAAACUCCUCCGCAAGACCCAUUGUACACCGGAACACUCCUCCGAAGGCAACAUCUUCUCCAAAGACUACCGCGGUGUCGUCUUUGGUCAGGGCAAUGCUUAACGCGUCUCGAACUGCCUGGUACAUGUUCAUCUUCCGCGUCUCACGACCGACCAUCUCGCGCGCGGGAUCCUGCUCUGUCUGGUCCACAUAAUGCAGGCCUGCAGUGCGUAGUGCCAAGUCGCGCGUGGGUUUGAGGAAGGUAGAGGUAGCCACGGACGGCAAGUGGCCGCCUGCCGGUGGCGGAUGUGCCGCCGUGCUCUGCCACCGGCGGCCCGACCUGUGAAUCCUCGCGAGAGCUCUAAGCAUGAGAUGCGUGAAAUUGCGGGGGAUGGAGGUGGUCGACGAGCAAGAGCGGACGGGGGACAUGAUCCGGGGCGUCAUGAGAUCCCAUGAGCCAACUUGGUCUGCGCUUCCAUCCGCCGCCACGACCACCCGCGGGUAUCCUGCUUUGGCCGCGACAUCCGGCGACGAGACGAUGAACUAUGGAGAAUGAAUCGACCUUCGUCGCUCCGGAGGGGGUGUACUCGGUCACAGAGGAGCACAAGCCUACCCCGCUCGCCCAACACACCAUCGCGGCCGCGCCCAUCCUCUACCCCACGCGAAUAUCCACCGUCUCCGUGCGCUUCUCCGUGAACAAGCCGACGAACUCGCCUGGGUUGUCGCAGCUGCUUGGCGGAGGCCGCGAGAAGGAGUUCAGGAAGGAGAAGGUGGUUACGAGGGACAAGGAGCGCGAGGACGGACUGAGCGUGUCCAGUAGCGACGAUCCGGACGACGGCUCUCCCGAUGCCUCGAGCACUCCCGCCCCAGACGGCGCAGCCUCGACUGCCGCAAUCCCCCAUGAGCAGUCCUCCACUCCCUUCGCUCACAACCCGGGUGGGCUGGGCAAGCGCAAGAGCGUGCCCCGGCCCAAACACAACAUGCGCACAACCUCCUCCACAUUCAUCACCCGGUUGCAGAACAUCGACAACCUGAGCAAGGCUCUGCAGUCGAAGCAAGGGGACACCACCUUCUUAUUCUAUAAUGCCGCUAAGACAUUCGUUUGGACGGAGGCGGGCGCAAAGCUGAAGGAACCUUUGGCCCGAAUAUAUUUCUCCGCGUAUCCAACGUGCCACGAUGUGAACCUCGCUACUGUCUCCUCGGAGCGCAUAGACGUCAUCAUCGGUUUCAACACGGGUGACAUACUAUGGUUCGACCCCAUAUCAUCUCGCUAUGGUCGUCUCAACAAACAGGGACGAAUUUGCAAUUCGCCAUGUACCACUAUCCGUUGGGUGCCCGAAUCGCCCAACCUAUUCCUCGUCUCCCAUGCAGAUGGCACUAUCAUCGUGUACGACAAGGAACGCGAAGACGGCGCAUUCAUACCACAUGAACCUGGGAGCUCGCCUCCGACGGUCUUCCCGCUGGACGGGUCUUCGUCAAGCAGCUCCCAAGGGGAGUGGAAUCCCCUAGACUCCAUCUUCGUGACCAUGCCACCAUGGCAUCCCGUCACGGCAGGUGGGCCUGUGCCUCCAGGUGGCAAGGUUGAGAAGGAGAAGACCGCAAAGAACCCCGUCAGUCAUUGGCGGGUAUCCCGCAGAAGUAUCGUAGAUUUUGUAUUCUCUCCUGAUGCUAAAUACCUGGCUGCCAUCGCGGAGGAUGGCUGCCUCAGAGUAAUAGACACCGUGGCUGAGCAGCUGGUCGAUUGCUAUGCAUCGUACUUCGGCGCGUUCACUUCGGUCGCCUGGUCGCCUGAUGGUCGUUUCGUUUUGACUGGUGGGCAAGAUGAUCUUGUGACCAUAUUUUCACCAUGGGAACAGCGGGUAAUAGCGAGAUGUCAGGGGCACUCAUCCUUCGUAUGCGGAGUCGCCUUCGACGACGUCCGGUGUGACGGCCGGACGUACCGCUUCGGGAGCAUCGGCGAGGACAACAAGCUCAUCCUGUGGGACUUUUCGAGUGGCGCUCUCCAUCGACCAAAGCUGCACGCUGUCCACCACCAGCGCAUGUCCAUGACAUCCUCUAUCUCCUUGGCGCUGCGCCGGCGAGGCGAAUCUACCGUCUUUCUCCCGCCCACCGGCACGCCCGGCGGCGAAUCGCCCCUCCCACGAUACCACCCCGCGCCAUCUCGGAACGAGGUCGCGGUUGUUCAACCCGUUGUGGUCAAGCACAUCAGCAACGAGAUGCUGGCCCACAUUCACUUCCUUCCGCGGGGGCUGCUCACCGCGAACAAGCUUGGACACAUCAAGUUCUGGAUCCGGCCGCUCGCCGUCCAGCCGCGUCACCUACGGACACAGAGCGCGUACCGCCGGGCGUCACAGACCGACGCCAUUAGCUGAAAUUUGUGCCUGCGUGUCAGUCUUCGUGUCACUUCACACCUAUCUACGUUUGUCGUUCGCCCCGUUUGUUGUGCUAUCUUGUAUACUGUAGGGUUGUUUAUAUUAUUCUGCGCUAUUUUCC